CCCUGCAGCCUGUCAGAGAGGGUUCUGGCAGCCUGUGACAGCAGCCAGGCCCCCAUGGCCUGGCACUGAGCCCCCUGCCUCCUCCCGGCCUCAGGGGUGGCCUCGGUGCUGCUGGACCAGGGAAACCACAGCCCAGGAGCUACAGGAAGAUGAUGUGCCUGCCUGCCUCCCCACCAGCGCUGGCGUCGAGGACGUGCCUGGGGCUCGGGCUCUUCGUGCUCCUCUGCCUUGGGAUGGGCCAAGCACUGGAGAAGAAAAUAGUCAGAAGCAAAGUGGGGGAAAAGGUCAGCCUGCCUUGUUGUCAUCAAAUUCCCAGCUCAGAAAGCCUACACAGGUACCGGGUCUACUGGCAGAAGAACAUUACUGACGUGGUGCUGGCCUACUCAGAGGGGAAUAUGAUCUCCAAGCACGAGCGGUACCGGAACCGGAUAGAGAUGGACCCCUGGAACCUCACCCUGUGGAUCUCCCUCGUGGAAAUCCUGGACAAUGGCUCUUACCAGUGUGUGGUUCAGCACAACUCCGUUGUUGUGUGUGAUGAGUCUGUCAUCCUCUUUGUGACAGCUGACUUCAGCAAGCCCAACAUAACUGCUGAAGUGUCCACUGAUUCUUGCGAGCUGACUGAGAUGGUGAUAACAUGUUCUUCUCAUGGAGGUUUCCCCAAGCCCAAAAUCUCUGGAGCCCUCAACAACGUGUCCAUGGAGUGGAAUGCCAGCUGGGUGUCUGAGUCCAGCCUCAGCCCAUACAAUGUCACUGGAAAACUGCUGCUCAACGUGACCAAAGACGUCAACAUCACUUGCUCCGUUGAAUACAGUGGCUUUGCCAAGUCCACCAGUUUGCUUCUGAAAAAAACAAACGACUGUGUUGUUCCUCCUGCGCCUCCACCUUAUAAUGUCAUUACUGCUUCAAUUAUCAUCGUUAUCACCUUCCUCCUGGCUAUCACCCUGGCAGCAAGAUACCUCCCAAGGCAUGUUUGUUCUCACUGUUGCAAGCACCAGGAUUCGGUGGAUGAGGGCGUGAAAGAAUAUACAAAGGCACCCACGAGCUCUAAAGGGACAGCUGAAACAUCAUCUGUAUGACCAGAUCACAUUUGCAGGUAGUUCUUCACGCUGUGCAUCCCGCACUGCAGACUCCACACUGUACAGCGAUGCUUGCUGCAUGGACCCUUUGGCUCUCUGCGAGGGGGUGGCAGCAGCAGCGAACUGCUCACCACGGCUGACAGCACAACCUCCUGCGAAGGGAAUGCAAACCCUGCCUGUGCCGUGCCUUCCUUACAUCCAGGUCGCUGGGAUUCCAACUGAGAGGACCCUCCGUGUUCCUGCAGCGAGGCAGAAGGAUGUCAUCGGUGGCACACCAGGUCGAGACUUCAGGAACCUCUGGCUUGAUGCUGCCUCUGUGAGAAUCAGGGGCCUGCAGAGCCCAGCAGGGAGCCCAUGCCCACCUACCCCUUCAGUAACACGGAGCUGCCCUUUGGGAGACCCCAAAUCCUGACCUGCAAUCUCUUCAGUUUGUGCCUCCAUGUUGCAAGUGGGAGAAGCUAAAACUUCUUUUAUACUCAGCCUCACACAGGUAUCUGUUCUCCCUGCUGGAAGAUUUUGGAUUUGGACUCGACCAUUACAGAUACACAUCCCUUCUCCCCUAAAGUGGACACAUUAUUUCAUGAGAAAAAGACACUUUGGAAGUGAGUCUAUGUGCCUCAUGUUUUGCAGUGCUACAAGACUUUCUAGGGAAUAUUACACACACUGACAGCACUCCUAAGAGCUCAUUAAUAUUGCUUAUCCACUGCAGUGGCAAAAGUUCUCAUAACCUUUCUCUCCUGAAAGGACAGCCUUGCCAACCCAAGCACUGAGGCACAGCUCCUCCAUUCAGUUGCUGUGUGAGGGCACACAACCUGUGCACACACAUGGCCAAGUUUUCACGUGCAUUCCUUCCCACCCACACCUGUAAAGCCCCAUUGGAACUUGUGUGGCAGCCAGUGGUGAUCUCGUGUGUAGCUACUGUGGUCAAAUGUAACUCGGGGCCUUGCUUUAUAAACAUGGGUCUGCUUCUGUGUGUACAUCUGCCAUGGGAUACUUGAUAGGGAAAGCUCUGCAGAUUUUUGGGUGUUUCUCACAGCAACGUAAGGAUAUUUACUUUGCACUGAACGUUGCUGCUUUCUGCCGGUGUUCUCUCUACCCAGCCAGGACUAGAAGGAAUUUCCCUACAGGAUGCUAACAUUGGACAGGACUCAUCGGAUCCGGGUGACAUUCUUGCCUACUGUGUAGGAAAAAAUGGUUUCUCAUUUUGAGGGGAAAGGAGGAAAAUGCCCCAACCCCCAAUAUGCUUCCUAAGCAACUCUGCCUACUAACCUAACUCUGCCCUGAGUUUGACUGGAAUGUUUUUCCCUUUUGCUCUGCAAGCUGUACCCAUUUCCUCACUGUUCCAUCCACAUUAUCAGGGCAAACCAAAGUCUGAAGGCACAAUGCCAUCCUCUUUGUGGGAUGUGUUGUCACUUGAGCUGCUUAUCUUCCUAGAACACAGAAAAGACAUAGUCCAUCCAUUUCACUUUUUUUCUACUUGGUACAUAUUGAGAAACUGCUGGAAAAAAAUAGGAUUAAAAGUGGUUUAGAGGAUACUGAGCUCUGAGAUUAAGUAAAAAACAGACAAUGCUCCCUUUCUACUCCUGCAGACUCAUGCUGUGCCAUCACCUUUUUACUGCUUUCCCAAUGUACCAAGUGUAAUGGGAAGUUCAGAACAUUCUUACAGAGGAGUUUUUGACAGAGGAAAGGAGGUAAACUGGGGGAUAAGGAAACAAUUGCACUUGUGUGUUCUGGUUGCAAACAGGACACAAGUGACAGAAAUCAGGCUGUGUCCAAAAGGCAGGACUUGGUGAAUGAGUGACAUGUCUCACACUUUUCAGGUUUCCUGUUCUUUCAGCCUAUGCUUGUUCCAGCACAAACCACCGGCUCCUUGCAGGCUGACCACUGUCUCUUGGCAUUCACUUCCAGUUUUGCUGAUUUCCAGCACUGUUCUUAGCCACAGCCACACUGCAAUUGCACCUUGCCAGCUACACCACAGCUCUGCCAGUUGUACCAGCAUGUUUUCCCUCUCACGAUCCCAUGCUCUCUCUACUUCUGCUCCUGGCUGGUGACUGUGCAGCCUCCCAGAGAAGGGCUUGUCUUUUGCAGUGUGCCAAACCUCUCUACAUCACCACAGAUUCCAGUAACGCUUUCAGUAAUUCCUUCUAAAAGAAACAAAAAAAUUCCCUGACAAAUAUGGCCAGCAUCAGGUUAUUUUUAUAUGCUUGAUGGGCAGGUUAUUUGGUUCCUUUUCUUUUAAGCAAUAAUACUCUGGAUCACAUUUUCUAUUGCCUUAUGCUGUAUUCAGUGAAUUGCAUACAAAUGGUUUCUGUGAGACCUUCUCAGCUUCGUAUCUGCAUCAUUGUAGCAAGUGAGCUGCUGUUUACCAUGGGUGUUUUGUAUAUAAUGUUGUUUCCUGGGGUUCCUCCUUUCAUUGUAUUAAAAAAUAAAUGGUAAACUCAGUUUCCUUUCCUCAGUAAUAAAAGAUGUCUGUCUAUGCACUGAGUAGAACCUCUGUUACUCAUGUUAGCCACCAUUUCACAGCAUCCAGGUAGGUGAUGCAGCUGUUGACAAAGCUGUACCAGGUACAGCUGGCAUCAAGCCACAGCUCUGUCCAGUGUGCCAACAGCAGUGACAAAAUGACACUCAGGUAACCCAACUUGUGACUUCCACACCCCUCACAUCUGUCACUGCCAGGGGUUACCUGAGCCAUGUAGCUACAGAUCAUCCUUCUCCCUCCAAACAGGAGGUUCUCUGCAAAAGCAAAAUGCAGUGUAAGGUCUUCUCACUGCACCCUUACUACUUGGGUUACCUGCUCUGAAAGUGGAGGGUAAAUAAUUUCAGUGCUGUGCUCUUGCUGGGGAUGGAGGGAGUGGGAAUGUGAAGAAUCCCUUAUAGGUGUAUGUAAAAAACAAACUCUGAACCAUUUGGGAGUCUAAGAAGUAAGGAAGUGCAGGGAACUAAAUUCAGCAGGAAACUGAGAAACAAAUGCCUGCUAAUCUUGAGCGUAGCUGAAGUCUCUGCUUCUCCUGGCUAAUAGGCAGCAUAAGAACAUGUAGCAGCCCUCCCUGGCACAGACAGAAAACCCACACAACUGCUACACCUUGGCUCUGCUUUCCCUCCCAGGGAAGAACAUUCCUGCAUCAAUGGUCAGGCACAGGAAAAUUAGUAUUCUUUAAGCAUCACAUCAAAUACCACCAAACAGGAAUAGAGACAGAGCAAUGGCACAGCUAAAUGUCAUCAGAGCUGCUGUACAGAUAAGAGUGUGGGAUAUUGGGGGGGGAUGUAAUAGUGAGAAGAUAAAAAUGAAGAUAUAAAAGAAGAUACGACAUCGCUGUGUAAGCACAAUGGCAAAAAUGUGACUUAGAAAGGCCCAUUUCCUUUUUUUGUGGGGGUGCCAAUGACAACACCAUUACUAUCACCAACACAUGCAGAGCUUAAAACUCUGAGGAAAGAUGGAAAGAUAAAUCCAUACCUCUGCUUAUGCAGAUCCUUCACUUACACACAGAAAAGGAAAAUCAGAGCUGGUUGAUGACAACCCUGAAAUACACAUUUCUUCAAUGGAAAAAUGAGCUACACUGGGGUGUUUAAAAAAAUUAAAUGCUCACUUCAGGAGUCAGAAAACACAACACCUUCUUGAAAGCAAACUGUGCCAAAAAUCUGCUUUGGGUGGGUGGAAUACACUCUGUGGGAUUGACUGUUCGUAUUUCAAUCAACAGUAAUUAUCUGGAGAAGCAUUCAACCAGAACAGAUUCUUUCCUUAUGAGAAGAACACCCAAAAAUCCUGUAAUUCCUUUUAGUAGGAGAAAAAAUUCCAACAAAGAAAGGGAACAGGAAUUCUGAUGUCCUGCUUUGGGGAAACAGUGAUGGGCCACCUCACCCUUCUGAGUACAGACCAUUUUAGAGUAACUCCAGCACCACCCACAGGUAACAGCUCUGACUUAACAGUUUAUCUCUGCAACAAAAUAAUAGAGCUGACACUCUCGUGGCUCUUGCCUUUGUUACUG